AUGGCUUACACAAACGAAAAAAGAUCAUUUAACCAUCUAGUACGAAAGAUGCUCCCAUUUAGCCAGGCUACUCCACUGUCACCCCGGGAUCAUAACCAUCUUCCAGAGCAAUCCGAACAUCUGUUUGAUGUCCGUAUAUUCAGGUCUUCGCAAGAUUUGCUUGCAAUUGAAUUCUACUUGCUUCAACGAUUGCCAUCAGAGCUCGUGACUAUUGUUUUUCGAUAUAUCGUUGAGGCGCUUCAAACAACGCGUCUGACUUACACCUAUCGAACUCUCCAUGUACGUGAAGUAGAAUCAUAUAAGGAAACGUACUACGAGAACCGACGAUGGUUUGGUAGAAAGAAGCGAACCUUGAAGACGAGGAAACAACACAAUGCAUUUAACGUACCUCCACUAGAUCUGGCAACAGAAGGACUGAAGAUCAAGGCCUUGUUUGGUGAAGAUCGUCCAAUGUCAUUUCGGAUAAGUAAGGCAACGGCACCGUCCAGUCACUCAAAAUCAAAACCACUUGAUGUCCGCGAUUACAUCCUUCACUGGAGAUAUCGCCGUGUUGAGAAAAUCAUUUUCGAAGUGCAGGCGGCCCACAGUACUCUGAAAACAAAAGCGACUCACAACUUACCAAGAGAUAUGGAUACUGAGUGCUUUAUGCAACUGGAAGCCCCCGACUAUGUUCCGCACCAUAACCGUGAGUACUGGCCUAGAGUUGGACUUGAUAUCUAUAAUUGUAGUGUUAAACCCUCAAUGAGUCAAUCGAGUGUGAAUCUCGAAAUUGCUCGAUUGGGCGAAACCGAUUUCACAUGCUUUGUGGACGAAAAUGAGCGUGGAAACCUCACGGCAUACUGGGGAAUGAGUCGCGAUAAUUGGGUCUGCAAAGGAUUUGCAGAUUCAUUAAUCCAAGAAGGCGAAUUUCGCUUCCAUGUGAGGGUCUCUCACCCCAAAUUGGUAAGAUUGGCGAGUGUGAAGAUCCACCUGCUCAUGGAGGUCUGCUUUCCGAAAUAG